AGGGAUAUACUUCUGAGAAUACCAACGAAUAUGUUCGAAGAAAAUGCGCCGAUGAUCAAUCAUGGAAUGGAUCAGUAUUGACAUGCAUUGCAAAGCAAUGUCCUUAUCCUAGUUUACCCCACGGUUUCUAUUACUAUGAACACAAGCAAUAUUAUAGCGGUUCAAAACCAUUCGGAAGCGUAAUCAUACCAUAUUGUGAGGAUGGUUAUUAUCUUGCAACAAAUGGAUCAAGAGAAUGUAUGGCGGACGAGACAUGGUCAGGUGAUGACCCAGAGUGUAAACCUAUUACAUGCCAACAACGACCACAAAGUUUUCCCAAUGGAUAUCUCAUCCCAAGAGAACAACAACUCAUCCACCACCCCUACCAGUAUGGCUUUACAUUUGUUUCUCAGUGUGAAAUAGGUUUCAAGCUUGUUAAUGGCGGGAAUAGGACGUGUUCAGCAGUUGACCAAUGGAAUGGGAGUACAGCCGAGUGUGAAAAAGUAUCUUGUAACGUGACGGUACUAGAAAAAGGAUUCUAUACAUUUGGCUCGCAAAAACACGUAUCGAAUACAAUUAGCUAUGGUUUAUCUCUCAGCCCAAAAUGCGAAAAGGGGUAUCGUUUAAGCAACAGUGAUAAUCGCACAUGCAAAGAAAAUAGUGAACUGAGUGGAGAUAGCCCUUUAUGUGAUAUAGUUCGAUGCAACUCGUUCGGACCUCUCCCCGACGGUUCUCUGAGGCUAAAAAAUAACACAUUGACAAUAAGUAAAGCAUUUGACUAUGGUACAACUAUACUAUCAGAUUGUGAUACCGGUUUCGAACUUCGUGAUUCUGCUGAGCGCACGUGUGUUGAGAAUGGGUCUUGGUCCGGGAUGACACCAAUUUGUGAAAAAGUCCGGUGCACAAAUCAAACUAUUCUUGAAGAUUUAUUUCAACGAAACACGAACGAAUCUUUAUUUGGAGACAAAUUUAUUGCCGUAUACAAUAGCGAACAUUUCAAUCUGGUGAAUGGUUCUUUAGACGUAGAAUGUUCAGCCGACGGCCGCCUAAGAUGGGCUGCACAACAGCCAUACCUUGCUCCAAUAUGUAAAGUGCCAAAGAACGGUCAUUUCAGCGCAGACACACGAGAAUGUCUCUUUGACGAUACUUGUAAAAUAGGACAAACGAUCAUAUUUGAAUGCAGAAAUGACUUCCAAACGUUGCAAACAAAUUCAACCUGCCUUCCUAAUCAUACAUGGAGCUCUGUGCCCAUUUGCACACCACUGUCUCAAUCAAACAAUGGAGCUAUAAUUGGUGGGUCUGCAGCAGUGGUCGUUAUCGCGAUCGUAAUAGCUGUUUUGUUGUUUCUGCACAAAAGGAAAAUACAUAAAAGCCUAACGAGAACGCGGUAUGAAAUGGCAGACGAACCAGAGGAAGAAUUGAAUGCUUAUACUGAAAUCAAUGAAACACAAAAGACUGAUCGAAAAAAAGUUACAGCAGACUAUUCAUACGCAUCUUACACAAGAGAUGUACACGGAUACGAAGAGGCCACGAAUCCGAGCGAUCAGUCCUAUUAUAGCUUUGUAAGCUGCACGAAAAUGCCGGAGACAGCCAUUAAAGAAAAAGACUUCUACGACGUUGUUUUGGGAUCAGAGCAUGGUGUUACAAUGAAGAAGCAGUUUCAGGAUUUCCCAAAGGGCUUGACAGAGGACUACAAUGCAGCUCUCAAAUUACAAAACAGACCUAAAAAUAGAUAUAAACAGAUCUAUCCAUAUAAUGAUACAAGAGUUAUUCUGCCAACAGAUGAACGACACUCAGAUUACAUAAACGCUAGUUUCAUACAUGGUUAUAACAAGACACGUGCCUUCAUUGCGUCACAAGGCCCAACAAACGAUAUGCUUGUUGAUUUCUGGAGGAUGGUGUGGUAUCUUGGCUGCGGCAAAAUUGUAAUGCUUACCAACUUGAAAGAGGACAAAAAGAUGAAAUGUGUUCAGUACUGGCCUGGCGAAGGAUGCAUAGAAUACGAAGACUUCUUAAUAAAAAAUCGGGGGACAGAGUAUUUUUCGGACUUCGUCAUCAGGAAAUUAUCCAUACAGAAAACACAUGGGGAAGAAAGAAAAUUGUUCCAUUUUCAUUUCACUGCUUGGCCAGAUAAAAAAGUGCCAAGGUAUGCUUCGUCACUGGUCAAUUUCCGUCAUAAAGUGGAAACCACCAUUGUGAAAGGGAAUGGUCCCGUUGUUGUACACUGCAGCGCCGGUGUCGGACGGACGGGAACAUUUAUCGCUUUGAAUGUACUGUCUGAGCAAGCCAACACAAUGGGAUAUGUGGAUCCCGUGGGUUGUGUGAACACACUGAGAAGACAGAGGGUCGACAUGGUCCAAACCUCGGAGCAGUACAGUUUCCUGCACAUGGCGCUUUUGGAGACGUUGAUGUUGUCUACGUCGGCUCUACCCGCGUCGAGAUUCCUCAGAGCGUAUGAAGAACUUCUGGUCUUUGACAAGACCCACAGGUGCCGGGAGAUCGAUGUCAAGUUCUCUCGGAUGGAGAAAAUGUCACCCGUGUCGGAUGAGUGUCAAUACGUCAGCGCAAAAGAAGUGAGGAACAGAAAUAGGAAUCGGUAUUCAAACAUUCUCCCAGUCGCAGAUCAUAUGCCUCACUUGACUCCUUCUGGAAAGAGGUCUGAACCUGAUUACAUCAACGCUGUAUUCUUACCGGGAUACAAGAAGAAGGGGGCGUUUAUCGUCACCCAGACACCAUUAGAGGCGACCAAGACUGACUUCUGGAGACUGGUGGCUGAACACAAUGUCCAUACAGUCGUCAUGAUGAACAACAGGAGUGUGAUGGAGGAAGGUGAGAUAUACUGGCCUGAAAAUAAGAACCCGGAAAGGUAUGGAAACAUGACGGUUGCCAAGACAGGCGAGGAAAACGAGAGUGGAUUGAGAAAAAUCACGCUUGACUUAAAACAGUUUCGAAAGACACGGAAACUUCAACAAAUACAAUUUGAAGGUUGGCCUGAUGAUUCAGCGUUGCCUACUUCUCCUAAGAAUGUUAUAAACCUUCUUGAAGCAGUGCAGUACUGGCAACAUCAAUCAGGAAACAACCCUGUUCUCGUGCAUUGCAUGAACGGAGCAGACAGAAGCGGCUUGCUCUGUGUUGCGUCAGCAGUCUUGGAGAGAAUGAAGGUUGAACAAGACGUCGCUAUUACCCAGGUCAUUAAAGAAAUGAGAAACUACAGGGAACAGAUUAUCCCCUCUGUGGACCAGUUUCAAUUUGUGCAUGAAGUAGUCAAGGAAUACAUUCUGCAGAAUGAAACAUACUCCAAUUUCACCGAUUGAUGCCCCAUGUUAUCGAUCAAUGGGCAUGAUCAAUGUAACCCCGACCUUGUUUUUAAAUCUAUUUAUAUGUGUUUUGCUAUUCUUUUUGUUCCAUAAAUUACACAUCAUUCGUAUAUGUGCUUUUAAAUGUACUGGCUCUCUAUAUGACUAUGUAAAAUUAGCUAACACAAAUUAUCAAAAGGUGAUGAAUGAAGCUAAAGCUAAACGAGUGUUAUUCGCCAUAUUGCCGCCGUGUUUACGACGCGGGAAAUACAAGUGUUUAAAUAAGUUUAUUUAACUAAAUAACUAUUCAUGCAAUUUAUUUCCUUCAAAAAAUGAAAUUCAAUAUAUCUGGAACAGGUUUUGAACGUUUCAUGAAAUAUGGUUGUUUGUUACCGAAUUAAUAGUAAUGUUCAGACAUUUCGGGGUAUCCGGAGCAAAACGUACACUGGCCGGGUGUUGAUGAUGUCUUCAGAGGAGGUUUACCGUGAAGUUUACAUAAAACACCAGCGACACCCGGCAAGCAUUCUUUUAAAUUUGUUGUCGAAUUAAGCAACUCAUUAUUCAAAUUAUGUCCAUAUUAGUGACGAAGCCGUCGUUGGAACAUAAAAAUGCCAAACUUCUCAUUUAGUUAUUUUCGUGCACUGCCCGGCAUGAAGUGUUUACCGCUCUUUCAAAGAACUUGCGAAAGUUUGUGCAGUUCAUUCCCUUUCAUUCAACUCUCCUCCUCUGCUCUGUUUUAAAGUUUUAAAUUUCAACUAUUGUUUUAGUAAGUUAAAUGACAUUUUAUUCUACAUUCUAAAAUGGCACAUGUAAAGCGUGGCAUUGAUGACGUCCUAGAUUUUUUACUUAAUAUCCCAAAUAACCAAAUACUAGCCGGAAAUGAAAUUUGAAAUCCACAUCGUUUAUGAAAAUUAUCUUAAUUGAACAACAGGCGAUUUUAAAUGGUAU